UAAUAUGCUGAUUGUCAUUUUGAUUUAACUAACAAUAAUAUACAUCUACAUAAGGUCGAUAUUUCCAUAAAACAGUUCAAUAAAAAUUCACCAAAUUAAAUAAAUAAAAUUUUUUGGCAAUUUUAUAUGCAUGAUUUUAGGUUUGUUCAAGUAGAUAUCACCAAAAAUCAAACAUGUAUUUUAAACCAUCUUCUGGUGAUACUGAAAUUGUUGCUGAACGCGAAUUUUUACAAAAAACAACAUUUAAAGAUAAAUUCGAAGUGGUAUGGAAUUUUAGAGCUCCAGAUAUACUAGAAACUCAUGAAAAAGAGGACAAAACCAUUGCUGAUUCAAUACAUUGGCGAACAACUGGUAACAAUAAAUACAAAAAUUCAAGAAAUAAAGAUUAUUUGAGCAAAUCAAUUGAAGCAUACACCAAGAGUAUUGCUUUUGCACCAGUUGGAUCCAGUGAAUUAUCAUUGGCUUAUGCAAAUCGUUCAGCUGCAUUAUUCAAAGCUAGACUCUAUCAAGAUUGUCUUCUUGAUAUUGAACGAGCAAUCAAAGCAGGCUAUCCAGAUCAUUUAAAAACAAAAUUAUUUAUUCGUCAAUCAUUGUGUUUCAAGGCCUUGAAUCCAAACUCAAGGCUUGAAGGAUGUAUAUCAAAUGCAAAUGCAAUUCAGUGGCUUCCUGAUUUAUUGAAAAGUUAUCCAAAUUACAAUCUUGAAGGGGAAUAUUUAAAAAUGAUGAAUCAACUUGAAAAACCACGUGAUAUAAUUAAAUUUUCACCAGAAAUAAAAAAUAAAAAUUCAAUAAUAGCUGGUGGAUCUGAUGCAAUUGAGCUGAAAAGAAUAAAUGACAAUAAUCAACAUAUUGUUGCAACAAGAGACAUUAAAUCUGGUGAAUUUAUUUAUCUUUCUGAGCCAUUUGCAACAGCUUUAUGUGCUGAAUUACGUUUUACUAAUUGUUGGCAUUGUUGUCGACAAACUUGGGCUGGUAUACCAUGUGACCAAUGUCCAAAUGUUGUAUUUUGUUCACCCAAAUGCAAAGUUUCAGCAUGGAGUGAAUAUCAUGAUAUUGAAUGUUUAGUCUUGGGAGAACUUUUAAAACCCAAUGAAAUUGAUUUGGAAUAUCUAUUGGCAAUAAAAAUUCUUUCAAAGGCUAUCAACUCAGCAGGUGGUUUAAUUGAAUUGAAAAGAAAAGUUGACAAUGUUAAGGACAACGAUGAAAUGAUAUUAACUAAUGGUAUUCUUGAUGUUAAUACUAUUGAUAAUUUUAAUCGUCUUGAUUAUUUAAAAGCAACAUCAAUUGAUUGUUCAUUUGAAAUAACAAUUACUGUCGUAUGGAUUGUCACAUUUUUUGGUAAAAUGACAAAUAUAUUUGGUAGAAAAACAUCAUUGAAAGACUUGAUUAAAGAUAAAAGUAAAUAUCAACAAAUAUUAAUUUUGGGAGAUUUAUUAUUACGAUAUACGAUGAUUGUUAAUCGCAAUGCUCAGUUUCUUCAAGGAGAAGAAAAAGAUCUUGUGUGGUUACAUGUCAACAUACCAUUCUGUAAGCUAAUAAAAAAAAGCUGUGAUCCUAAUGUCUAUUGGGUUUUCUCGGAUUCAAACGUUGGAUUUUAUGCUUCUAAACCAAUCAAACAAGGAGAACCGAUACUUUUGAGUGUUGUUAGUUCAUAUCAUCUAACAACAAAAGCUAAUCGUAACUUGGUAAUAGGACUUAUGGAUGAUGAUGCUGCACCAUGUAAAUGUACAGCAUGUGUUGAAAAUUGGCCAACAAUAUCAUCUCUUCCAUCUUACGAGAGCAUGGGGUUGCCAAUAAGAAUCAAGGAAGAAAUGAUUCAUAUGAUGGUAAAGUUAAAAGUGAUGCGAACUAUCCUUUGUUAUGGAGAUACUAAAAAAUUGUUAACAGUCAAGGAUAGUUUGAAUAGCAUGAAUGACAAGAUUCAUCAAUAUAUCACUGGUCCUUGUAAAGAAAAGUCAGAAUUAUAUUUAGCACUUCAAGGAUUUUAUUGUCAACUACUGAAGAUUCAUCAUACUCUCGAGUAAUUAUUUUUCUAGUAGAAAAAAAAAAAACAUGAUACAGCUUCAUAUAUUUUCUUUACAACAUGAUUAUAUUUUUAUCCAUAUAAUCAAUCAUUAAAAUUAUCAUCAGCUUUAUUUCAAUUUAAUAUUAAAAAAUAAUAAUUAUCAAUAUGUGUUUAUAAAAGUUGAAUAAAAAACCUUAAUAAAUAAUUAAAA